AUGGCGACGCUUCCACAACAGGCUCCAGGGCCGGGUCCAACCGCUCAGGCCCUGCCUUCCUACCUAUCCUACUCGCCUGUCGCCACCAGCGUCUUUCCGUACACAUCGAUCAUCACCCAGGUCGUCUACGACCCUCAGGGAAGCUUUGCACCCUACCAGACACUCAGCACCGUUCAGGGUGUCUCCACCUCGAUCGACUAUUCGGUCGUCAAUGUUCCACUUCUCUACACCGGACCCUUUCCAGCUCCAGAUCUCGGCACACUCUAUACAACGCCCGGGCAGAUCUUGCCUACUCCAACAACUGCUGCUCCGACCCAGACCACUGCAGCUCCAACACAAAACACAGGUGCAAGUCCAUCCCAAACGGAUGCACCCUCGACGGGCACAAAUGACCCUGCAACGGCUGCUAGCACCGAUCAGGGAACCCUGACAGCCGAGUCUGCACCACCAGCUUCGCCGACCGCGACAGAUAACACCGCAUCAGCAACAGCUGGAGCAACCCCCUCUUCCGACACCUCACCGACAUCAGCACCGGCAAACACAUCGCUGAGCCCUUCAUCCACCCCGGAAGCCACAACACCUCCAGCCCCCGACUCCAGCGGAACAGCACCCACUUCUACCGGAAGUCCGACAGGAACGACUUCCAGACAACCAUCAGCCACUGCAGCUGGCGCACCGAAUCCAGGUGUGCGCGCUGCCAAGGGCCUCUCUGGCAGGCAGAUCGCGGGCAUCGUGCUCGGCGCAUUCUUUGCGCUUCUUCUGCUUCUGCUUCUACUCCUGUGCUGCUUGCGCCGACGACGCAAUCGACAGCAGCAGCAGACCGUCCUCGCCGCGGCGACCGGUGGAACCGGUACGGCUGAAAAGAGCGGCGCGUCCGGCUUCGGGCGAGGCGCAAGCGUCCGCGGUGGUGCUCGUGGCAACUACGCCGCGCUUGGCACUGCUGCAGGCGCUGCGAGUGCUGCAGGACUCGGAGCGGCGGGUGCAGCAGCUGCCGGCCGGCGUGGAAGCAUUGGCAGCGACGAUUGGGAGGAAGACCACCUCACUAGCGGCGGUGCUGGUUCGGGCUUCUUCGUCGUCGGCGGCAAGCGUCUGGGCCCGAAUCGCAGCGCCAGUAUCGCUUCUCGCCGAUCUAGACGCUCUUCCGCAGGCCUCGGUCCGAGCUACACCACUGCCAAUGCCGCACCAUCCUCACGCGAUGGAGCCAGGAAGGGCAGGAUGGCUGCACUUGCGGCUGCAGGAGCCGGAGUGCUGGGUGCAGCUUUUGGUAGCGGCAAGAAAAACAAGGCACGCGUGGAGCUCGAAGAAGAGCAGCCACUCAGCGAUGAAGAUGCCGAUGGCAGCAUGGCGGAACGUCGAGGGCUCAUGCCUCUGCACGACUCGCCCGGCAGCGGGUAUGGCUCGGGACCCGAAAUGCGCGAAGCGGGACGACACGGCUCGGGCGCCACGGCUGCACUUCUCGGUGCAGCGGCCGGUGCAGGAGGAGCUGCGGCCGUGGCACACAGGAGGCAUCGCAACGGAUCUGGAUCCGAAUCGAUCAGUCCACCGCGCGCAUAUGGAGGCGCGGCCAUGUCACGUCCGGCGUCGAGCGCCUUUUCGGGAGCAUCGUCGGGUGGGCAGGCGAGCAGCCACGCGACGGGUGGCACGACCAGCUCCCAAACGCAGAGGGCGGGCGGAGCAGCGAUGAGCAGCAGCAACAGUACGGGCGGAUUCACCACGUCUGGCAGCGGAGCGAGCUUGCCGCCUCCCCCACGAGCGCCGCGAGGAUCGCCACAGGCCGUGGCGAGCUACGCCAAUCUCGAGCCAUCGUCGGCCCCCGCACCCUCUCUCGCCCACGACGCGCGCUACUCGGUAGACACGACGGACAGCAAUGCGUCUGCUCGCGGAGGGCUUAAUGCGGCGCUGCUCGGACUCGGCGGUGCAGGCGCACUGGGAGGGCUGGGUGCGCUUGCUGCUGGGCAUCGCGACAGCUCGACGCUCUCACCUGAUAUGCGCGCAUCGCACGCCAGCGAGAUGUCCGCCGACGAGUUGCGGCACCUCCGAUCUACGGACCCCGAGCGAUACAGCCGCUUCAUUUCGACCGGAUCUAAUCUGCUCGGUCCAGACUACCAGCCAUCGCCAGACAUCGACAGCGAAGACAAGCAGCUCGGUGGCGCCGACGCGUUGGCGGCAGGCACUUUGGGCCAGCGCACACGCCUGCCCACCAUUCGCAGUGUCGGCGAAUUCGGCGAGAAGAGCGACAGCGGUAGCCAGCGCGGCACGGGCACGGGUGAGCGCACGGGAUCGUCGCAGCCACUCUCAUCGCUGCAUGCGGUGGGUGCCAACUCGGGCUCGCUGGGAGGCGGAUCGACGGGCUCGAGAAACGUCAUCUCGCCACUCCCUGUCUACGAGCCACAUCAGCGGGCGGGCGAGACUCUACCGCAUUACACGCUGCACAACCAGCCGCCUCAGCAGGGCCUUGGCGAGCCGAAGCAGAUCCAGAGUCCGAUCUCCGAAGGCCAGGGUCGGUUUGUAACGCCGCCCGAUUCGCCACGAAACACGCUCGGAGGCGCAAUGAGCGUGCGCAGCGGUGGACGGCCCAGCUCGGAAGUCCAGCGAUACGCCGAUGCCGAGGAUAGCGACCUGGGCGAGCGUGGCGUGCCGGGCGACGAUGAAGGCCGAGCCGAGCUGGCGGGCGCCGGUAUUGCUAGUGCAGGCAUCAUGGGUGGCGUGGCAGCGGGAUGGCGCCGUCUCACCAUGGGUCAGUACGCCUGGAUGCCCGGCACUACAGCCGCGCGAGGAACGCAGGCGGGAUCGUACCGCGACUCGUCGGGCGAGCUCAACGACGCCGAGGGCCGGUACAGCUACGAGCACAACGCUCGUCCAUCCGAGGAUUCGAGCCGCCUGCAGCACCAGCGACGCGCAUCGCGGCUCGAGCCGAGCGACAUGGGGCUGUCGGAUGUGCGGAGCGAGCACGCGAGCGUGUAUGGCCCGUCUGCACUCGGACACGCCACGAGCACAAGCUCGCCCGUCGCCCACCUGUCAUCGAAAGAAGCUUCGGGAAGCAGCGGCGAGCAGGCGAAAGGCAGUGGCGAGGUGGCGGGAGCUGCAGCGCUGGGUGCCGGUCUGGGCGCCGUGGCGGCGAGGCAGCGUUCGUAUCCGAGCGUGUCGAGUCGUGGCGGUGGAUAUGCCGCGAGUCAGUCGAACUCGUCGGUGAGCCGGCGCACGGGGAGCGACAGCACUGGGCUCGACAGUCUCAGUGCGGUAGCGCAGCUGAGCUCGCGCAGCACGGGCAGCGCAUCGACGCGAUCUGGCUUCCGCUCCAGCAGCCGCGGUGGGCGGUCGGGCGGAAUGAGCGAGGCGAGCAUGGGCAGCGGCGCCUCGACGGGCGCGGCGAGCUACAGCCCGAGCGGCAUGCUGAGCCGAGGCAAUACGACGAGCACGCGCGACAUGCGCGAUGCGUCGGCGCCCACGGCCAGUGCGACGUACUACGCUUCGCGCCCGAGCGGCGAUGCGGAGAGCCUGAUGACGGACGCAACGGAUGCACGGUAUGCGGAUGCGGAUGUGGCGAGCAGCAUGGCCACGCAGGGUGGGGCUAGCUCGCUCGAGAGACGUAAACGGCCGCGCAGCUCGAGCGUCGACGGACUCAGCCGCCUCGACAGCCUGCGCGAGGUACGCGAGGCUUCCGAUCCAUUCAGCGAUGCCGAACGCGUUGCCGACACUCAGCAAGGCGGCCAUUACCCAAGCGCAUCGCUCGGGGCGGCGGUGUCAAGGUCCGUCGCCAGAGACCUGCGGCAGGAGAGGAGCUCGCCUGGAGAGGCUACCGAUAGCAGCUUCCUGCAGUCGCAGCCUCUGCCGCAACGUAGCCGAAUCCGCUCGCUCCAGCCCGGUACUGCCGCUCCUGCACCGACCGCGUUGGCACCGUCGCUGUCGACGCCAUCGCUCAACUCGGGCGAGCAGGCCGGACUGCCGGCUUCCGAAUCGGACAAGACCAUGCCCUCGCUCGGCAGCACGAAUCUGUCGGCGGUGCCAGCGUCGGCGAGCUGGAGACCCUCGCCGCGCGUCGCGAGUGCGUCGCAGCGCGCGGCUGAGGCUCAAGCUGCGCUGCUGCGCGCACAAGCGUCCGAGGCGGGCGCGUUCGGAGGCGCUACACCGCCAAGAUCACAGGCCGCCUCGCCAUCGGGCGCCGAUGCACGCGCACGAGGCGCAUCAUACAACUGGGCCGACCUCGACACCACGUUUCGCAGCCAGGACCGGGCUGACACCUCAGCCGACGUAGAGAACAGCGCGGGCGACGUGCCCAACGACACGGACGCAGACCGAUCCAACAGAUCAUUCGACUGGCCCAAGUUCCUGCGCUUCUGA